AUGUGGGAUCGCCCGACUACAGACUCGCUCACUCCGGCCGGUGUCCCUUCUGAUGCGACUGGGUUGGAGCCGACCCACGCCUACGGGCUGCAUAGGGCAAGCCAACAGCAACAGCAACAGCAACAACAGCAGCAACAGCAAUUGCGGCGCUCUUCACAGGCGAACCGCACCCCACUUUCGCAGCAGGUCCAGCAGCAGAUGGCGGCAAUGCAAAGCCUUGACGCGCAGAGCAGCGGUAGACCUCGGUCGAGCCGAGGAAACGGCGGGCGUGGCUCGCGGAACCAUGCGGACGGUGGCGGCCGCGAUGGGUCAUAUGGUUCUGACCUGAGGAAGAAGACCGUGAACCGCAUGCAACCGUCGAGCGGCUACCGUAUCACGGCACCCGGCAGUCGACUGCUGUGA